AUGAAUGCGACGAAGAGUUUGUUUGACCGACAGAUCGGUUCCAGAGGUUGUGGCCGUCGAUCGGUGGACGCCAUCGACUCGGCGUUCAGUAAACUGAGUCUCUGUCGUCAGUAUCUCUUCACGGAUUUAAAUGACGUGGGAGCGCCUCCAUUGGCUCUGGCGCUCAACCAUCGGCUGCUGUCUGUGGCCAACGAUGGCGGAGAUGUGGCUCUUCUGGACAAAAGUGAUCUCAAUUUGCGCCACAAAUGGACGGCUCAUAACAACGCUAUUUUCGACAUUAAAUGGCGCCCAGAGUUUGACCAUCACUUGGGAACCGCUUCCGGCGAUAAGUCUAUAAGCGUUUGGGAUAUCAAUAAAGGCGGAUCAGUUAUAGUGAUAGAAAGCGCACAUUUGAGUAAAUUACCAGCGGUUAAGUCAUCGCCACGAGUGAAACCGCAGAGGACUUCACCGUUGAAUAGCGUGACGUGCGUUGCGUUCAACGGCUUAACCGAUCACUUGUACAGCAGUGGCGCCAACGACGCGACCAUCAAGUUAUGGGACUUACGAAAGUGUCGCCGAAAUAAAUUGAACAAAACCUCUUCCACUCCUUUCCGCGAGUUAUACCAGACAUCGAGAAGAGGCACUCCUUCUCAUGGCUUUACUUGUCUCACAUUUGACUCGAAGAACCGAUUGUUCGCCAGUUGUAGUGAUCACAACUCGUAUGACUUCGCGCACAACGGAUCCAUUAAAUCGAUUGGUUUCAAAGACGAGAACGUGUUGGCCAGCGGUUCACGCGAUGGACUCAUUAAGAUAUGGGACUUGAGAUGCGGCAGAGGCGGAUCAGUUAUAGUGAUAGAAAGCGCACACUUGAGUAAAUUACCAGCGGUUAAGUCAUCGCCACGAGUGAAACCGCAGAGGACUUCACCGUUGAAUAGCGUGACGUGCGUUGCGUUCAACGGCUCAACCGAUCACUUGUACAGCAGUGGCGCCAACGACGCGACCAUCAAGUUAUGGGACUUAAGAAAGUGUCGCCGAAAUAAACUCAACAAAACCUCUUCCACUCCUUUCCGCGAGUUAUACCAGACAUCGAGAAGAGGCACUCCUUCUCAUGGCUUUACUUGUCUCACAUUUGACUCGAAGAACCGAUUUUAUGAAGAGUUAGUGAAACAACUGAAGCCAUGCUCUGUGAGUGUGGAGCGGAUUGACUCCCAAGAGUUGCCCAAACUUAAGGUGAUAUCAGAUCCCAAUCGUAUCAAAGAUGAAGUGUUGCCCGAAGUGCACGACGCGGACGACCUCAUUGAGGAGGAAGAGGUGGACGUGGUUUUGGCCGAAGUGGAGGCGCAACCCAUUGAUAUAUCUGAAGAGGACAAUCGGGUUUACAAGUGUUUCUUCUGUCAAAAUACGGUCACCGGUUAUGCGGAAACGUUCACUCAUUUACAGCUUCAUAUCGACUACUUUCCCAUCCAAUGCUCCAUUUGUGAUGAGGCACUCACUGAUGUGAUCUCAUUUGUCAAACAUUGCCGCAAAUGUCAUCCAGAAUUAGAAAACGCGAAAUACAUUAAGAAAUUCAAUUCAAAAUUUCACGAUUGGAUCCACAACUUCUUGACCGCCGAACCGAAUCAGUUAUACAAAGAUACAGGUGUGUUCAUAACAGGCCGCACACUAACCGAGUUAUUCCCGCGAGGGCUACAGUUAUUAGGUUUGCUUUGGAGAAGAGUCAGAAAUUUUGGUGACGUGCAAAACGCGGUGUCUCGGAAGAAGAAACCAAAAGCCGAUACCCAAGCGGUCAUAUUAAACACGGCAACCAAUACCGUCACACUAACCAAUGGCAUUAGCAAAUCAUUAGUUCCGCUCCACAAUUUGAAACCAAAUGCGAGUGCAAACAAACUACAAGAAGUUAUUAAACAAAAGCCGGUCACUUUGGAUAGUCUUAUGGCCAGUUUGUCGAGCGCUCCACAGAUGCAGGCCGUCCUCAUUAACGGACAAAUCACACUCAUUAAUACNUUGGAUAGUCUUAUGGCCAGUUUGUCGAGCGCUCCACAGAUGCAGGCCGUCCUCAUUAACGGACAAAUCACACUCAUUAAUACCACUCCAACCGCCGCACAAAUGCACAGUCCUUUGCUUUUCAGUCCAUCGAGUAAUUCGAUUAAUGCCAAUCCAUUUCCAGUCGAAGCCGCAGAGAUUAGUGUCGUUUGUGUUGAUCCCAAUGAGAUGGAAGUCGAAGAACGAAACUUUAAAUAUAUUUGUAUUUUCUGCGAACAAAAACCAAACGAACCAAUCCUUGAAUUUGUCGAAAAGAGCGAUGCGCUCAUUCAUUACGCCAUUCAUUUCAAUUACAAUCCCAUUGUUUGCAUGAUAUGUGACAAGAGUUUUGUGGAUCUGAGUCUUCUGAUGUCUCACUACACCAAAGAGCACAACGCCUUUAAGAAUCAUUUGUUUCAUUACUUCAAAGAAGACGAGCGAAUCGAGAAAUGGAUUCUUUCUUUCUUAGACUUUCAGAGAAACUUUGAAUUCAGAGGAAAAGUGUCGGCAGUCGUCGGCGACUCGUGUUUUGUUUGUAACAAACUCUCAAAACUACCGAAAGAUAGAUUAGAGUUAGAGUUUAAGAAUGUGAAGCCCAAAGAAAUUAGGGAUCAUAUGAAUGAGCACUUGAAUUACUUCCCGUACAAGUGCUCCAUCUGUUUCCACGGCGGACGAGACGUUCGCUUUAGCGCCUUGAAUAACAGCGCGUAUCAGCACUUGUUUAAAAUUCAUGGCUUAGACUUAAAUGAUCGCAAACUGUUUGCAGAAUCGACAAAAUUGUUUGUAAAAUGCGAUGAGAUCUUGGAUUUGGAGAAAUAUAUCGAUAACUUUAUGUCACCGAAUAGAGCGAAGCUCUCGAAAAGCACUUUAGUAUUGAAUAUUAAACGCAAAUUAGAAGAGAUUGAAGCGGAAAGCAAGAAGAGUCGUCUAUUAAACUCGACGCCAACGCCUGCGCUUCCAUCGGCGCGAGUGAUUCCUAUCGUUACGACCAUAGGUCUCAACUCAAUGCCCCAAACAUACGGUAGACAAUCACCGAAGCUUUCGCCAACUCUUUCGUCAAUAUUAACAGCACCCGUUCCUUCUUCUGCAGCAUUUCAGAGGCAAUUACAAUAUCAGACUAAUGGCAUUAAGCAACCGAUACGAGCGAUAGCCCCGAAACAGCAUCCAAUCGAAGUGCUAUCGUCUCGACAGACAUAUAUCGAGCCAUUCCUCAUGUGCUUUCACUGUCACGAGAAAGUAUUGAAUGCAUUGGAUUUGGAAUCUCAUCACAUGAAAAAGCACCCGAAACUGACGAUUGCCAGCUAUACCCCCAACAAAGCAGAGAUCACGUCUAUUGCUCGCCGAUCAUUAGAAUCACCUCAAUUUCAACGACAAUUCAUAAAUAAAUAGUCUAUUAUUUAUUAAUUUUUUUAUAAUAAAAUUUGUUUACAAAAGCAAUGGUAUAAAAAGGGCUGUAUUUAAUAGUUAAUUUUUGAGCCAUCAAUUUGUGAUAAACAUAUACUCUUAAAUUUCUGCAAAAUUAAAUUUAAUACAUUUU